UUCUGCAAAACAUGAAAAUACACAGAUAUCCAACAUCACGUCAAUUCAAAUCAAUAUACACUGUAAACAACAUGGACAUACCGACUUACAAAAUAGUAAAAGCAGAAUUACACGAUGGUUAUAGUAGAAGAUUGGACUUUAAUCUCAUGAUUCUGACUUUAAUUUAAUUCUGAUUAAAGUCAAAAUGACCUUCUUACUUCAAAUUCUAAACAAAAGGCUCUAAAAAUACAAAAUCGGUAUUUUGAGAAAAAAGUCAGAGGGUGUGUCCUCUUCCGUAGCACAUCAUAUUAUAGCCAUAACAUGUAUUCCUGUCUAUAUUUAUAGCUACCAUAUACAUUAAUAAGUAGGAAUUUCUACGACAACUACAAUCAAAAGUCUUAACUAAUGAUUUCUAUGACAUGAACAUGCGCUCCCGGAUAUGACGUUCCUGAACCCGCGUUUACGCGCUGUGGCCAUGUGGGCUAAUUAACCAAUAGAAUUACCCGAUAUAAGCGCGCGCCUCUUGAAUCAGGAAGCACUCGUUGCUUUGUAGCGUGCUAGUUUUCUUUUAUUUCUCGUGGGAGAAACAAAGUAAGACGGUCAAAGGAAAUCUUUUGACAAAAGCUACAAAAAGAGAAACAUUGAACAGAAAAAAAUGUCUGUUGGGAGCGAGACAACGAAUUGUCUGGAGACGGGAGACAAUUUGCAUCAACAGGUUCUCGCCUCCUUACCGCCGUGUGACGUAACGGAGGAAGUUUUGACCCAGAAUCCUCAGUUCUGUAAACUCUUGGCCACUCUGACUCAACAUCUGGACAAAAGUGGACUUACUGUACAACUUAAAGCAGACCUGGACAGGGCUGAGCAGAAGCUGCAGAGCCAGAAGCGCCAGUGGCUCCGCGCUGAGAGCCUCUACAGAGGGCUGCAGGAGAUGAUCCAGGAGUUCUACGUCCAAAAGCACAAAUCCACCGUUCCCCCUGACCAGAACAUGGAAGAUGCCACCAACUUCUCUGGAGAGUCUUUGCUACAGUUCUAUGAAACAAUGGAGAGGUGUCUGCGUGUGACUCAGUGUGCCAAGCAGCUAGAACCCAGCAGCACCACAAGCCAGGACCAGCCAUCUGUUCUGGGCCUAACACCCCAACAAGUGCUCCAGCUCCUGCCUUCAGAAAAGAAUGUCCAACAAAUGAAACAGGCUCUUCCCACACAGCUGGAGAGACAUCUGAAGGAGAAGUGUCUGAGCCUCGUCUCUUAUUAUCAGCCUGAAUGGGAGAAUGAGAGUGAGGGUCUGAAGACCAACAAGCUGUCUCAUCUAUCCACCCUGCUGGACAAAGACAAGAAAAGAACAGAGCUGCUGAAGGAGACGUGUCGAGAAAACACUGUCCUGUUGCAAAGACAAACCCAGCUCUACCUCUCUGAGCUGAUUAAGUGUAUCCAACUGUUCCAGACGCUCCUCUCGGAUCACAGACUGAAGAUCCAGACAGACCUGGAUGGAAAGAAAUUGAAUUACUUAGAAGGCAAAUGUGAAAUAGUCUUCCAGAAGAUAAAAACUGAGAUGGAGGAAAUUCAGCUGGACACUUACUCUCUUGACACAAUUUCUGCUCACCGAAAAAUAAGGGAGAAGCUGGAGAGCGAGUUGACGGCUUGUAAAGCAGAGAAGCAGGCUUUGGAGAUGGAAUUGCCGUCAUUUGAGGUCUUGGGGAAAGAUUUCAAGGCACUGGCUGAAGAGUACUUCAGAUUACGGCAGGAGAUAGACAUGAAAAACUGGGCUCUGAAAGAACUGACGAAGUACAAUGAGAAAUAGCUCUCUUCUUUUUGAAUUAAGCACUUCUGCAGAAAGAUAAUGUGGCACUCGUCAUAGAAAAUGCUGUGGACAUUUGGUUCAUUGAAUUUUUAUUGUAGAAUUCUUCCUAUAACAAAUCCUAGUUUAAAUACUCAAAUAAGAUGAGCAUUUAAUGUCUAUCUACUGCAAUCCUACUUUACACCAACUAAAGUUCAAAGUCCUCUUCUGUGAUUACAUGCUGCUGUCUUCGAAACAGUGUGUGUGUGUGUGUGUGUGUGUGUGUGUGUGUGUGGUGUGUGUGUGUGUGUGUGUGUGUGUGUGUGUGUGUGUGUGUGUGUGUGUGUGUGUGUGUGUGUGUGUGUGUGUGUGUGUGUGUGUGUGUGUCUGAGAGAGAUUCAUAUUGAUGUAUAAUUAAAUUGUUGCAAAUAGAAUAUUGUGAUGUGUGUGAUUUGAUCUUGCUGAAGGCUUUAUAGGUUUAUAGGGGAACAUUAACGAACAAACGUCAUAAGGACCGAGGAACACCGGAAAAUUUUCAAGAAAUAAGAUCUGGCUUAGGUACUUUAAUCCCUUGUCAGUGAUAAGUAGAACAUCUGGCCUGUAAUUCUGUUCCAUCAAUGUCCUAAUCAGAAUUUCUUGAAAAGAAACAUUAGGGCAAGCUCAAAAUUUCCUUAACAGAUCUUAUUCACAGAUCUUGUCUACCUCUGCAAUUGUCUGAAAACCAGCUACUGUCAACUUUUGCUCUGCUGUGAGGGAGGUCUGUCUGACAAAAUACUACCACUGCAGCAUGAACAACAAUAUAAAGACUGUUGUAUGCAUAUUGUAUUUAAUUAUAGUGCGUUGUGUUGACGUUCUCUUUAUAGAUUUCUCUAAGAACUUUGAUACAGUGGUUCACUUCAUUGUCUAAGAACAGUUGGAUGGUUUGCAAAUUACUUUAGCUGGUUCAGUUUAGCCACAAGGGGAUACCACAAGGUUCUGUACUAGGCCCUUUAUUUACGUUUUGAUUGAAUUAUUUUGGAAAAGAUAUUUCAAAUGCAGCCUUUCAUUUUUAUGUAAAUGACAGUUAUGUACUGCUUUGCACCUAUGGCCAAAGAAGUGUUGGCUUACUGCAUAUGCUGAAUGCAUUUAAUACAAACUUUGUCAACUUCAGCUUGCCUUGAAUGUUGAUAAACAAAGCUUAUGUUUUUAGCAAUUCAUCAUAGCUCAAACAUUCAAAUGUCUAGAUUUAUUAAUUGAUGGCAAAUGCUUUAAAGCAUGUAUUUAGUAUACCGUGAAUAAACUGAGAUUUUACUUGACUUCCCCAUUGUUAUUAGCUUUUUCUCAACCUCAUGGAACAGUUUUCAAGCACAGCUGAAACUUAAAACAUUGUGA